GCCCCACCCAGAGCUUCCCCCACCGCGGGGCUCUCCCGUAACGACAACAUGGUUAGACUUCGCAGCAUCGUCGCCUUGGUCCCCUCUCUCCCGACAGCGACAUUCUCGUCACACGGGUGAAUCAAUUCUUGACAAGUAAGACCGAAUAUCCACAAGAGUAUCCAGAGCUUCCGGCCGACAGCAUGCUCAUCAAAGAGUCCCACGCGGAUGUGACGACGACCGUCAACGGCGUCGAGAGCUCCAUGAGAAUCUUUGUUUUCCACCCCACCAUCCCACAGUAUCCCAACGCCCGCUUCCCCGGUGUCCUCCUCUUCAGCGAGAUUUACCAGGUCACCGGCCCUGUUGCCCGCUUUGCCCGCCAGAUUGCCGGCCAAGGCUACAUUGUCGCCGCUCCCAGCUCUUACCACGAUUUCACCGGCCCUGAAGCACUGGCUUACGAUGUGCCCGGCACCGAUCAGGGCAAUGCGUGGAAGGUCAAAAAGACGCUGGAGUCGUAUGACCAGGACUCAUACAAGACCGUGGACUAUCUCCUGAGCCUUCCGACUUGUACUGGUCUUAUUGGGGCCACAGGAAUGUGUCUUGGUGGCCACCUCGCGCUACGGGCAGCGCUGGAUCCCCGUAUUUCUGCCACGGUCGGCUACUUCGCAACAGACGUCCAUUCUCGCACCCUGGGCCCUCAUGAUAAGCCUGAUCUCUCCCCCACCGCGCCCUCUCCUGAUAGCAUCCAUACUAUCGACCUCCUUAGUAAUCUCAAGGGCGAGGUGUCCCUGAUAUUCGGGCUCAAGGACACUCAUGUGCCAGAUGCCGGCCGCGACCUGAUUCGCGCCAAGCUGCGCGAGGCCGGCGUCGUCUUUAGCUUCCACGAGUUUGCCUGGGCUCAGCACGCGUUUAUCCGUGAUGAGCUCAGCAAGGGUCGCUACGACCCCGCAAUCUCAAAGGCUUGCUUCGAGGUCUUGCUGGAGUUGUUCGGCCGCACCCUCAAGGUCGACCUGGGCCCCAAGGAUGGCGCCCCCCCGAAGGUAGAGCAUGUCUGUUGAGUGCUGAUGAUAUUCGACCAUCGUCAUUAUAACCCGUGACUCUUGCUUCGGCGUCCGAAAAGUGUGAUUUAGCACUUGAGGGUGUAGCACUUGCUCAUUUUCGAUUGGAAGUCAAUCUGGCCCAGUAUGACGAGGUAGGCAGACCAUGGCCUGUUCUCGGGUGAACUAGGAAUAAAUUGAGAGCAUGCUUUGAAAACCAAUGAAUGCUUCUGGGCUUGAACUCUGUAGUAUCUUGCUUGUAUUAU